AUGAUUGGUCAGAUCCUCGUUACCAUUAUUCUUCGGUCUGCCGUUGCAACAGCGUUUCUUUCUUUCUCUUGUAUCAAUCGUGUGUUUGUCAUGCCUCGUCAUCCGCGUAACAGAGUUCCUCCGAGACCUCGUCCGGAGCGUGACGGUUUUGUUGCUCCCGAGGGGUUCGGCCUAGUUGAUCUGUCUUACUUGGCAGCUCAACUAGAGCCAGUUGCGCUUUGCGCUAAGUGCACAAAGGGACAUCUACGCCUGAAGAUCGGCGUGAACAGAAUGGGCUUUGCAAUUCCGCUUCUGUUCGAGUGCACCAACAGAUUUUGUGGUGGAGAUGUUCGUACGGGCCAUUGCUGUUUUUCGUCUCAGAGGGCUGCUGGUAGUCAGGCGUUCCAAGUGAACAGACGGAUGGUUCUCGCAGCUCGGGAAAUUGGAAGUGGCCACGCAGCUUUGCAGAAACUAGUAGCAGUGGUUGGCAUGCAUGGUGGGCUUUCGAACGAGUCAUUUGCAGUCAACCAGAAGGUUGUCGAGGCAGCCACUACUGCAGUUGCCAAGGAAGAAAUGGCCAGAGCUGCUAUUGAGCUACGUACCCUUUGUGAUUCCACCGUACCUGAUCCUGCUACUUAUCAUCCUGAUGACAGUGAUGACGAUAAUGAUGAUGAUGAUAGUGAGUUUGCUGGCUUUGCCACUACUGACGAUGUUGUGGACGUUGCUGUAUCGACUGAUGGCACGUGGCAGAAGAGAGGGCACCAGAGUCUUUUUGGCAUCCAGGCUGCCAUCUCUGCUGUAACAGGCAAAGUGCUGGAUAUUGAAACGCAGAGUCGGUUCUGCAGGGAAUGCCAAUUCCACAGUUCUUGGGAUCAGUCUACUGAGAAGUUUCGGCUAUGGAAGGAGGCCCACGCCCCAACUUGUAGCAUCAACUUCCGUGGGUCAUCCAAAAGCAUGGAACAGCAUGGGGUACUUUUGAUGUGGUGCCGGUCAUUGGAGCUGCACAAACUGAGGUAUACCACAUUUAUAGGUGAUGGCGACAGUUCUUCAUUCAAGACGGUUACAGCGGCUAAACCUUAUGGGGAUGAUGUCACCAUCACGAAGAGUGACUGCAUUGGCCACGUGCAGAAGAGAAUGGGGACGGAGCUGAGGAGGUUGUGGACAGAGCACAAGGGUGUCCAGAUUCGACUUCCAUCUGGGGAGUAUGUGAGGAAGGGCUUGAAGGGAAAGAACCGGUUGACUGCAGACCUUGUCAACAAGCUGCAAAAUUACUACGGUAUAGCCAUUCGAAGCCACAUUGGUGACAAACCAGGGAUGAUCACUGCCAUCACAGCCAUAUUCUGUCACCAUGCAAAUGACCAUUCCUACUGUCCACCUGGUGAGAGCUCGUGGUGCAAAUAUAACCGUGGUGAUCCCAGCUAUGCCCCAAAGGAGAUAUGGCCAGAAGUGCUAGAGCUCAUGGAGCCAGUUUUCGAGAGGCUGAGCGAUGAAGACCUACUUGAGAGGGUGCAACGCGGUGACACGCAGAAUUCAAAUGAAUCUCUCCAUAGUCUAAUUUGGAGGCGUUGCCCUAAGGAGAUAUUUGCCUCUCAUGAGAUUAUUAAGUUUAGCACGUCUUUGGCAAUUAUUCAAAGGAACGCUGGAAAUGUCGGCUUGGUCAAGGUACUGCAGUCUUUGGGAGUUGGAGACACUGCUUUUUCUCAGCGUCUUCUUGAGAAAAUUGAUGUACGGAAAGAGUACAAUAUUCUUAGGAGUCGAAGUCUGGAGAGCAAGAAGAGACGACAGGUGCUGAGAGGGAUGAAGAAGCGUGUGGAGGAUGUGUUGGAGAGAGAGGGUAAUACUUAUGAAGCAGGAGGUUUUGGGAUGGAGGAGGAGGGUGCAGAAAGUGGAUCGAGCAAAGGUGCUCGAAAGAGGAAGAGGAAGAAGACAGUGAGAGAGCAGGAGAGUCAGUCAACAAGAAAGCGUGCUCAUCGUGGUACAUCAUCUGUCAGCACUGCACCAUCUGAGGACUGUCCACCACCGGCAUCCCGGAGACGUCAACCUACUGUGAGGCGUCCACGAAGAUUGAGAGACGGUGAUGAUUCAGACUGGUCUCCAUCAGGCCAGUAGCUUGUACUCACCAUAUGUGCUCAUUCCUUAGCUACUCCUUAUUCCUUAUUCCGUAUCUCGUAUUCUAAAAUUUUUACUAGUAGUGGUGAAUAUGGCCAGGCCAUAUAUUUGAAAACUACCCGCUAAUGUAAUCGGUCAGUGUACAUUACUGCAGGUUCUGCGUACUGACUUGCUCAGGUUUCUACACAAACAUAGUAGGGUUGUCAGU